AUGGCGCCCCCAGCAAAGACCUUCACCCGCGAAGAGGUCCGCAACCACACCUCCGAAGACUCCCUCUGGUGCGUCAUCGACCACGUCGUCUACGACCUCACAGACUUCGUCGACGCCCACCCCGGCGGCGAGAGCGUCCUCCGCCAAAUCGCCGGCCAGGACGCCACCUCGGCCUUCUACAACCUCCACCGCCACGAGGUCCUCUCCCGCUACGCAGACCUUGCCAUUGGCACCGUCGAGGGCGAGAAGCCCGAAGUCAUCACCCCGCAGCCUGGCGACCUCAGCCCGGUCCCCUACGCCGAGCCCCUGUGGCUGACGCCUCACUUCAAGAGCCCAUACUUCAAGGACUCGCACCGCUCCCUCCGCAAGGCUAUCCGCAUCUUCACCGACGAGGUCGUCAAGCCCGAGGCCCUCGAGUGCGAGGCCACCGGACGCCAUGUCGGCCAGGAGGUCAUUGACAAGAUGAGCCAGUCCGGCGUCAUCCACAUGCGCCUCGGCCCCGGGAAGCACCUCCACGGCGUCAACCUCCUCAACGGCGCCGUCAAGGGCGAGGAGUUUGACUACUUCCACGACAUGGUCAUGUGCCAGGAGAUGACCCGCCCCAUGAUGCGAGGCUUCCAGGACGGCAACCUGGCCGGCAUGGCCAUUGGCCUCACUGCCGUGCUCAACUUUGCUCGCGAGGGACCCUGGAAGAAGAAGAUUGUCGACGACGUCUUUAGCGGCAAGAAGAAGCUCUGCCUGGCCAUCACCGAGGCCUUUGCCGGCUCUGACGUUGCCGGUCUUCGCACCACCGCCGAGAAGACGCCCGAUGGAAAGCACUACAUCGUCAACGGAACCAAGAAGUGGAUCACCAACGGCGUCUUCUGCGACUACUUCGUCGUCGGCGUCCGCACCGGCAAGGCCUUGAGCGUGGUGCUCAUCGAGCGCGGCGAGGGCGUCGAGACCAAAUCCAUCAAGACCUCGUACUCCACCACCGCCGGAACCGCCUACAUCACCUUUGACAACGUCAAGGUCCCCGUCGAGAACCUGCUCGGAGAGGAGAACAAGGGCAUCCACGUCAUCCUCAGCAACUUCAACCACGAGCGCUGGGCCAUGGCCUGCAGCUCCAUUGCCGCCUCGCGCUUCAUCACCGAGGAGUGCUUGAAGUGGGCAAACCAGCGCAUCGUCUUUGGCAAGCGCCUGAUUGACCAGCCCGUCAUUCGCCAAAAGCUCGCCAAGAUGAUUGCCCUCGUCGAAGCCAACCAGUCCUGGCUCGAAACAAUCACCUACCAAAUGUGCAACAUGCCCUACAAGCAGCAGGCCCUCCACCUCGCCGGCCCCAUCGGCCUCCUCAAGAUGAGCAUCACCCGCGCCGCCCACGAAGUCGCCGACGAGGCCGUCCAGAUCUGGGGCGGCCGCGGCCUGACCCAGUCCGGCAUGGGCAAGUACGUCGAGAUGUUCAACCGGACGUACAAGUUCGAUGCCAUCCUGGGCGGUGCCGAGGAGAUUCUCGGCGACUUGGGCGUGAGACAGGCGAUGAAGAACUUUCCCAAGGCUAUGCUGUAA